AAUAAAGGCAAAUGACUCUAGAUUUAUUUACUUAAAUAUAUGGUACACCAGGAUCUUGAAUGUAAUUUUGUAUAAAAUCUCAAAACCGGGAAAGAAGUGGUUCACAAAAACUGGAUCUACUGGUCGGCGCACUAAAAAUGAGAUGUUUAUUAGAGAUCUGUUUGUUUAUGCGGGGCACUAAAGAUAAUGCAAAUUUCUUUCUCAUGAAUAUAUACGACGAACAAACAUGUUUAGUGAACGUGUGAUUGUGUAUAGGAAUAUAUAAUUGUAAUAAUUGUAUUGUCACGUAUGUGACGUCAUAAUUCUUUAAUGAUCUACGGUCUUGUGACAAAAUUUAGGACAUUUUACAUUUGGACUUGCGUCGGACGGGUAUAUUUUAAUGCGAUUCCAUUUUCGUCUGUGAUAUAGAAAGAACAUUUUAGAUUAUUUCUGUAAAUUAUCAAGGUCAUUUCUUAUGAGUUGAAGCGAAAUAUACGACAAAUAACCGCGCAACGGUAAAAGACACAUACAUGUCAUGGGAAUAACGUCGUUUUCAACUAGGAAGCUAGAGACUACUCUUAUAUUGUGAUUAACCAGUUUAUGUACAUAAUAAAACGGGUGAAAUUGCAUGUUGUGCGGAUAAAUCUAAGAUUUAAAGUUUGAAAUAUUGACAGUUUGAUAUCGCAGGGCUUUAAACUCGCUGGAAAAAAAGGAUCCGUUAUCUAGAUAAAAUAUGACACAGUGCUGAUAAAGCCCGUCUUAAGGACCGCGGGUACGCCGCAAUAUACAUUAUAAAGUAUCAUCCUUUUAUCUACCAUGGUGCAAACAUGUUUAUGGGUUAUUUACUUGAUGAACAUAUAAAAUUCUGAGGGAACUAAACAACAGAGGUUCGGGGCUUCAUACAAGCCCAGAUUUACUUGAUGCACGGCGACUCACACAUUUACAGUAUCUUUAUCAGUGUCGAGUAAACAAACUACGGGACUUAACCUUAAUUGACUUAAUUCGAGUAGGACCUAAACAUAUUUUCAAAUCUACGAAAAUUAAUAUUUGGACUCUUUAAAAACUCGUUAAUUUGCCAUAUAUUUGGUGAAAAAGGCACACGAGGUGCACAUAUACAGACGUGUUUUUGUCGCAGAGUGUUUAGUAUUUUUUUAAUUAAAAUAACAUUAUAGCUGUGCCUAAGAUUUACAGAGACUUUGUUCAAUUCAAAACGCAAUUUACUUGUUGGACUAAGAGAGUGGCUGUGUUGUUUUUAGAAAAAAAGACAAGAUAGGUGGUUGUUGUAUUUCUUUUUAAUUUUCGUGGCUAGACAGACUUCAAACUGGAAGUUAUGAGAUUGACACCCACGCCGACGGCGUUGACCUUGUCACCUUUGCCGACGAUUUCAUCACUUCCGUCGAUGUCGUCUGGAGCUGAAACUGUGAUUUACUACACACUUUCACAGCCUCCACCAGUGAGUCCAGGACCUAACGGCCUAACAAACGGCUUCACAAAUGGCCUCACAAAUGGCCUAACAAAUGGACUGACAAAUGGGCUCACUAAUGGGUUUACAAACGGACUCACAAACGGGCUUACUAAUGGAAUACCUCCAUUGACGGCUGUUAGUCCGUCAAUAAGACAAAAUGUAACGAAUCCAUUGAGUCCAGGUGUGGCUCCAGUAAGCCCAACAAUUCCACCACCGCCAUCAAGUCCGAGACUGAGCCCCGGGACUACUGGGCUAGUUCCGGACAUCAUGCAUCUGAUCAACUACGGAGAUAAAGAUAUGGGUCUCCUACUUUCACAAAGAAUGGAGUUGGUAUGGCAUGGGGAGUUUGAUAGACUGUUUUCCCAGUAUUUCCCACACAUGUGGUGCCUUGUACCGACCUUCUACCCGCCCGGUGACAGCUGGAGAACCUUCAAAGAUAGCGCCAAAGUUCGAUUCUCUUGCCAGGAUUGCGGUCAUGGAUGGACAUCAAUGAAAGGCCGUGUGAUCUUUUGGUUCGAGCUAAACUACGCUACCAACGCCGGCUGUGUCAUGUUCAAGCUGUACGGACAACAAUGCCAGAAAUGCAAGACCGGAAAGUUCGAGCACGCAAUGUGGUACCCGGAAGAAGUUGUCAAGGUCAUCGGCAACGUUUAUAACAGAGUUGGUCAGAUCUACUAUGGAUUUGUAAGACCACCUCUAAGAAUAGACAGACGUGUUGGAAAACCGAGAAAUCAACAUAAUUCCGAGCUUUGCCAGGCAUGCAAAGAAGGACUAUGCAAAGAGGAGUGGUCUUUCACGUGACGUCAUCGUGAUGUCAUAGAGCAUGAAAUCAAAUAGAGCCAAUCGCCGCAGUUUAAACUCGCCUCGUGUGACAUUUUACCAUUUUUCUAUGAUGCAAUGACCUGCGGGACGAUGUUUAUGACAAUAAAUGGCAAACGUUUAUCAGUAAACGAUUGUGAAUAUUACUUUUAUGUGAAAGAACAAAUUAUACGUUUAUUAUUAAUAUAUAACAAAAAAUUGAACAAAAAUGUUUCUAAAAUUAUUAUUUUUUGUUUUAUUAUUAUCUAGUUUAUUUUGCAUUUAACUUUUUUUUAUUUUGUAUGAAAUGAGACCGUCUUUAAGACGGCAUGUGAAAUUCUGUGAAUGAAUUGUUUAGCAUAAUUUUUGUUUGUAAUUUGUUAUGAACGAUUGUUUAAUGAUUGUUGUAGCUUUAAAAGUUUUGGAGUGGGAUAUUGUUUUCAUCAAAACGAACGUGCUAAUUGCUCGAAUCAAUGUGUUUCAAAUUCCAUAUUUUUAUCCGUAUUUUAUCACAUGUUUCAAGUAUUUUAGUUGAUACAUUUUGCAUUUCAUAUCAUUCAUGGUAGCGGUUGAAAAGUACAUUAUAAUGUUUUGUUUGCAUUGACAUUUUUUU